UCUUGUUUCCGGUUGCUAAGAGCAACACUCGUAAAACAAAUUAAAGAAGCACUUGCUCAUUAAAGUAACAUUGAAGAGAGGGGUAUAAAGUUUCCAAUCACGAUGGCAGCUACAGCCAGAGGAGAACGUGAAAUGAUGGAAAGAGCCUCUAAAAAAUUGACAGAAACAAAGGAUCCACUUGAGAGAUUGCGUCUUCAGUGUCUGUCACGUGGGGCAAAAGGCAUCAAAGGGCUUGCUAGUUAUAACACUGCUUGUGUGAUAUUACUAAAAAUGACCUCAUUGACCAAAAUCAUGCUGGAACUUCCACCCAUGUCCCAGGCCAGGAUAAACAUCAUAAUGCAAGCUUUCAGUAAACUGGACAAGACCCACGACGGGAUUAUCACAAUUGAAGAUUUGAAAGGUGUUUACAAUGUUAAAAAGCAUCCCAAAUAUCUGAACGGUGAAUAUACAGAGGAUCAGUGCCUACAGCUGUUCUUAGACUCCUUUGAUUCGGACAACAAAGAUGGUCAGGUCACCAAAGAAGAAUUCCAGAAUUACUACUCUGGCGUUAGUGCUUCAAUAGACUCAGAUGCUUAUUUCGAUCUGAUGAUGAGGUCAGCCUGGAAGCUGUAGUUGAUAUUAUCCACUGGGUGUAGACCAUACAGCCGAAGGACGAUGGAUGAUGGACGACCGAGUAUUUAAGUGAGUGAGUGAGUUGGUGAAUGAGAGAGUGAGGGAGAUGCAAAAACAAGAGAGAGAGAGAGAGAGAGAGAGAGAGGAGGAAGGUGAGAGAAAGAAAGUGAUAGGGUGAGAGAGAGAGAAAGAGUGAGUGAGUGAGUGAUUGAGUGAGUGAGUGAGAGUGAGUGGGGGAGUGAGAGAGAAUGUGUGUGUAUAAAUGUAUGCUGAGGUGUAGGCCAUGGAGCUGACUGGAUUACUAGUGGAUAUCUGAGAGAGCAUGUGAGAAAGAAAAAGUAAAUAAAGGAAGAGAGAGAGAGAGAAAGAGAGAGAGAGAGAGAGAAAGAGAGAAAAAGAGAAAGAAAAAGAAAGAGAGAAAGAGAAUGCGAGAGAUGAGGAUACUAUGCCAAUUGUAGUCAAUGGCAGCUAACCACUAGCCGGUUAUGUGCUACACACACACACACACACACACACUUAAAUACACACACACAAAUAUACAUAUGCAUGUGUGUGUGCGUAUGUGUUUGUGAGCACGUGUGUGUGCGUGUGUAAUGUGCCCAAUAUAGAUCUGGGUAUUAGAAGUUCAAAUAAGAACACAAUAAGCAAUUUGCACAUAUACUAUACUGUGAUAGUGAGAGACUCUAUGGGAAGCUUGUAUCCAUGUAUGUGAAGGUGCCACAUAUGAAUAGUGAUUAUGUUCAGCACAGCAUGUAUUGGACAACAUGUGGGAAACCUGAGAUAAAUUUGUGCCAAAUUGUUUAAUAUAAGAUUUGCUGUGCCCAAAUCUUUGAUAAUUAUUCAGUAGCACCACUUAAUGAAUGUACGAAAUAAAAAAUUAGCUAGGCCAUUACAGCUGAGUUAUAGUUUGUAACUGAUAUAAAUAGUGACUAGAUAUACAGCUGUUUCUUUGUAAGCAGAUAAAUGACCGGUACAGCAUGAACGUGAAAUAUGUCAAGCCAAUCUAUUCUGUUUCUUUGAAUGAGAAGAUGCGAAGGCUGUAACAAGAUCUAUUUAUAUCUGUUUGAAGUUACGCAUAAAAAGACUUAUAAAUUGUACUUUAAUAUAUAUAUAUAUAUAUAUAUAUAUAUAUAUAUAUAUAUUUAUGUGUGUGUGUGUGUGUGUGUGUGUGUGUGUGUGUGCGUGCGUGCGCGCAUGUAUGUAUUUCUUCAUUUAUUAUUAGUAACAGAGGAAAUAUUAGUUCAAAAUUAGUAAUCCGUAUGAAUACUUAAAGUGUGUAAAUGUUGUAAAUGUUGAAACUGUGGUAUCCAUCUUGAGAAAGUAUCUUCGUAGACGUACAUUGUUAAAAACGCAUAAAAAUAUCAGCAGCUGCUGAAGGGCAGCCAGUAUUGGUUGAUGAAAUUACUGGUAUGGUUAAGCAAUAAUUGAAAGGUCACUCAUGUCGCAUUUAGCCGGUAGGGUGAGAAACGAUGUAUUAUUAGUGAUGGAAGCAGUAUAAGUUCAAAAUUAGCAAUCUGUAUAUGUAUUUAAAGAGUAUAUAUGUUGAAAGCCUUUUUAUAUUGUAAAUAUGGUGUAAAUAUAACGAACAAUAAAAGACAACACGUGUUAGUUUAGUGCUUUAAUGGAAAGAGGAAGUGAGAUAACGUUUCGUAAGUUCGUCCUUCUUCAGUAGAAAAGGAGAAGUAUGUAUGUAUGUAUGUAUGUAUGUAUGCAUGUAUUUAUGUACAUGUGUGUGCGUGUGUGUAUGUAUGUAUACAAAUACAUAUAUAUACAUACAUACAUACACACACAGUGUAGACAAACACACGUACACAUGCCACAUGUACACACAUACGCGCACUCUCUCACACACUCUUACAUAACACACACUUACGCACACACACACACACACACAGAUGCAAACAAGCAUGCUCACAACCUUCUCACGGACACCAUUGCAACUAGUAGAAACAGCGAUCAGAUGGCGGUUUUAAUAGUUUUGCGCGUUGUGAAUGCCGAAAGAAGCUCCUCGGCAGUGUGACUAUCACCACCCUCCGCAAACAUAUACAGACCAGCCGCCGCAUCGUGCAGCUGUCGCAUCGUGGAUAUGUCGCUGGCUGAAGAUACGAGGGUCGAUCGAAUGAAUUUGUCUGCUCGCAGCUACAUAGGUAUUUAAAGCAAUUAGCGGUUAUCAUCGAUUCUGAGUAGAGGUUGUAUGUGUAUGAGGACGUGUGUGUGAAUAUUUGAGUGCGCGUGUGUAUAUGUAUGUAUGUUUGUGUGUAUAUGUGUGUGAGAGAGAGCGAGAGAGAGAGAGGGAGAAGGAGAGCGAGAGAGAGAGGGGGAGAGAUAGGGAGAGGAUAUGUAUAUGUUCGUGCAUGUACGUGCGUGUGCGUGUGCUUGUAUAUGUAAUUAUAUUUUGUGAGAUAAGAUAUAUGACAUCCAAACAAAUUCGUUUUUUUUUUUAUCAUUCAGAAGCUGAAUCGUCAACAAACAAUCUAUAAAUAAGUACAGAUAGCAAAAUUAUUCCUUUUACGUAUUCCAUUUAUCUAUAAAAUUCAUAAAGUUCAAAACUUGAAGGAGAUUUAAUUUCAUGAAUACACUAAAAGAUAUAGUCACUCAAUACAGCAUUGUCAUUUUGGUAAACGUUAGUGAAAAAAAAGUAUUAUCUCGUAUCAUCCUAGAAUUGUAUCAUAAAUAAAUUUAUAUUAACACAAGAUUAGAGUGUAUGUAUAUUAUUUCAGCACUGUAUUAUACAUGAGAGAAUGCUAUAUGUUCACGAGAAUAUAAAUAUAUUUAUAAUUAUAUUAUGUUGUUAUAUUAAACAAAUAUUAUGUAUAUUAUUUCAGCACUUUAUACAUAAGAGAACUCCGUAUAUAUAAGGGAAUAUAUAACUAUAUUACGUUAACAUAUUAACCAUAUGUAUAUUAUUUCAACACGUAGAUGACAUAAACCUCAAUUCUUCUCUAAACUUGUAUAGCAUGUCAUCCUCAUACAACCUGGACACAUUAGACCAAAUUUGCUCUGACUACAUGCCAAUCUUUUCACUUUUAACAUUAAAGUACUUCGUACCUACUGAACAUAUCACGAAAACAUUAUAACAUCUCACCCUCUUAUAACAUAAGCAUCAUUCAGAUAGAUCCCUUGCUUUUACUUCAAACACUAGACUUCAAUAUCACGGAGAAUCUCUCUUGGCAAAUACACAUUAACAUUGCAAAGACUGCAACUUAAAAAAACAGUCUUUCUUAUUAGGGCCCUUCUUGUGAGUUUUGGCUGCUAUUUUCAGCGGGUUGAAUUACUGUGCCAACUCCCUGUUGAACAAAUUUGCCAAAGUAUGAUAUUUUUCUCUACGUCUCUCUUAUCCUUCCUUCUGUCUUACGCCUUUCUAUUUCAUAUGUUCAAAGUAGGGGGAUGGACUAAGAGGCUAGUCAGUUAAUUACUCCAGUGAAGUGGUAGCCUUUAGAAACGGACAGAGUUUUUCCUGUCAGAUAUAUACAUAACACAUAAUCAUCAUAACAGUACGCACACACACACACACACACACACACACACACAUACACACACACACGUGUUAUAUAUAUAUAUACACAUACAUACAUGCAAGCAUGAAUACAUACAUACAUACAUACAUACAUACAUCAUACAUACAUACAUACAUACAUCAUACAUACAUACAUACAUCAUGCAUACAUACAUACAUGCAUACAUACAUCAUACAUACAUACAUACAUGCAUACAUACAUACAUACAUACAUACAUACAUACAUACAUACAUGCAUACAUACACACGUUGCGAGUGUGGAUGAGAUUGGUGCGGCUGUUGCUUCUUAAAACGAACUCCGUUUUCAUUGGUUCAAUGGCCGAUCAUUUCACACCAAACGAACGACUGCUGAUGAUUUUGCAACGAUAACGAUAUUUCUUUACACUCUCGUGGAAUUUUCUUUACCAUUUCUUCAUUAUAUUCUUCUAUUAUACUUCUAUGUUAUCACAUUUUCUGCGGGGUUUUGAGGUUUUCUCAUUAACCAUAUACUGUUCUAAAUAAUUAUGUAAAGCUCAUUAUAUUGAUGCAAACGAGACUAUUCAAUAAACCAUCAUCUUUAUAAUUUAGAA